CAGCAGUAGCAGCAGGUGAACCGCUUUUGUGUUAAGAAAACAGCGACAAAGCGCUAAACAAACAGGAGUUUGCAGUGCAGAAGAUAACUGUUUACAGUAUCACAGAACAAUUGUUUAACCACGGGAGAUGUCGCUGAACGGCACAGCUGCGGGCCUGGACGUGGGUCCGCUGAGGUUCGAAUGGCUGGACCACGCGGUCUUCCUGCUGAUGCUGGUCGUCUCCGGGGCGGUGGGCGUUUACUACGGCUUCUUCCGGCGGGAACAGACCACCUCCAAGGCCGACUACCUGCACGGCGGCAAGCGGAUGGGCGUCCUGCCCAUUGCCAUCUCCCAGAUUGCCAGCCACACGUCCGGCCUAACGCUGGUGGGCGUGCCCUCGGAGGUGUACCUGUACGGCAGCCUGCUGGGAUGGUCGUGGAUCUCGGCGCUGCUCACCGCCGUCGCCAUCCACUACAUCUACCUGCCGGUCUUCUUCGGACUGCAGGUCACGUCUGCCUAUGAGUAUUUGGAGCGCCGAUAUAACAAGACAUUGCGGGUAAUAGCAUCUGGCAUCUAUGCUUUCAACAUGGUACUUCAUAUACCGUUCUUCAUCUACGUGCCGGCUUUAGUCUUCAACCAAGUUUCUGGUAUCGGUGUGCACGUGAUCUCACCUAUAGUAUGCGCUGUGUGUAUCUUCUACACUAUGUUGGGCGGCCUCAAGGCGGUGGUGUGGACGGACGUCCUCCAGAGCGUGGUGGCACUCGGAGCGUGCCUGGGCGUCAUGGGGCUCGGACUCUACACCGCUGGAGGGCCGCUCAACGUCUGGAGGAUCGCAGACCAGGGCGGCCGCGUCGACCUCUUCGAGAUGACGCUGAAUCCGUUCGUGCGCACUUCCUUCUGGACGGUAACCCUCGGCGUGACUGCCACUUGGAUGGCUGGACGCGCCAUCAACCAGGACAUGGUCCAGAGGUUCAUCGCUCUACCAGACUUGGCCGCCGCCAAAAGGUCCCUGAUGGGUUUCACAAUUGGUAUCAUUAUCACCAACAUUAUCAGCAUCUCGACUGGUCUCUUGGUUUAUUCCUUGUACUACGACUGCGACCCCUUAAUGAGCAAGGCGAUCCAGCGGCCAGACCAGCUGCUGCCGCACUACGUGAUGCAGGUGGCCUCCCACGUCCCCAUGCUGCCGGGCCUCUACGUGGCCGGAGUCUUCAGCGCUGCUCUCAGCUCCAUGUCAAGCGCAAUGAACGCGCUGGCAGGAACCAUCUACGAGGACUUUGUGCAGCCGCGGCUGACGGAGAAGACCACGGAGCGGACUGUGAACCUCAUCAUGAAGGCCAUCGUGCUCGUCGUGGGGAUCAUCGCCUGCGUCCUCGUCCUCCUGGUGGAGCGGCUUGGCACAGUCUUAGAGCUAGCAUACAGCACUUCUGGAAUUGCGAACAGUGCUCUGCUUGGUACAUUCACUUUGGGUAUGGUGUGUCCGUGGGCUAACUGGAAGGGCGCUGUGAUCGGGUCUGCGGCUGGGAUGCUGCUGGUGAUGGUGAUGAUGGUGGGCGCGCAGCACGCCUUCACCACUGGGCUGAUGAAAUACCCGCGGCUGCCCGUCUCCGUGGAGGGCUGCUCCGCCAACGUCACGGCCGUCAUCGCCUCGGCCGCUGCCGCCACCACUCCCAGGCCAGAAGCCACAGGCUCGGUUCCAGCGCUGUUCCGCGUGUCCUACAUGUACUACACGCUGCUGGGCACUCUGGUGGUGAUGCUGGUGGGUGCCGCCGCCAGCUUCGCAACAGGUGCCACGUCGCCCACCAGCCUGGACCCGGCGCUGCUGGCGCCACAGCUACGCUGGCUCGCCGACAAGGGGCGGCAACGGCGGCAGGGCGGCAGCCGACUCUCUGCUGGCGGUGGGCACGAGGACAGAGGCAGGAGUGGGGACGACAGAGAAGAAGAGGGCGCCACAGAGCUGCUGGUCUGUGAGAAAGGAGCCGAGGCCGGAGGACAGCCUGACAAGUAG